UUUGAAGAGAGGACUUGCAUGCUUAACUACGACACUUCCGGGGCGUUUAAGGAAAAUACCGCGAGCUUAAGCUCCAAAACAUGUUAAGGUGUCCACAUGACCGACAUUAUCACGCGUUUUCUGAUCAAGCGAUCGCUAAAUAAAACCCGACAGCUUUCAGGUUAUAAUGAGCCAUGAAUAUGGAUUUUUUAAAAAGACCUUCUAUCCCUGAAGACGCUGUCCAGUAUCAGCUUUUUCUGGUUCACCCUGACCAAUCAGACGCAGAAGCCAAUGAAAGAUCCCUCCAGGAGAUCCUGCGAAACAUCGUCGCUGAGAUCGCCCCUCUUCUGGUGCAGUACAUCUGGCAACAUCAAGCCUUCAACCUAAGAUACCACCCCGAGAAAGGAGAUGUGCCUGCGCACCUGGGCGGCGUUACCCAGUUCGGUGAUAAUGUGGAGGACGAAUGGUUCAUCGUUUACCUGCUCAAACACAUCACACGCACUUUUAGUGAUGUAGCCGCUGUUCUCUACGAUAACGAUGGACAGUUUAUCCUGAUUGAAGCAGCCGAACACCUGCCAAAGUGGCUGGACCCUGACAGCAGUGAAAACAGGGUGUUCCUGUACCAUGGUGAGCUUCAUAUAUUACCCAGGUGCACGCGUGCUGGAGAGGUUGGCUGGCCCAGAGACUCGGUGCCUGCCGUGGGUCAGGCUCUAGAGGUGCUGCGUUCACACGCUGAGAGCUGUUUAGCCAAACCACCCAUACGCUCCGCUCUAGCCAGGAGGCUGAACGGUUAUCCAGAUAAAAUCCAGCAGAAUUUCCACCGCGCUCACUGUUACGUGCCCGCGGGCAUUGCCGCGGUGUUGUCUCGGAGACCUGACCUUAUAGCCCCCGCUGUGUCUGCUUUCUACCUGCGCGACCCUGUUGACCUCCAGGCCUGUCGAACUUUCCACGCAUUUCCUUCAGACACUAGAGUUAUGACAUCAGUAAAGUUUACUCGCUGCUUGUACGCACAGCUGCAGCAACAGAGUUUUGUUCCGGAUCGGAGGAGCGGCUUCACGCUUCCCGCCCGCUCUCAUCCCCAACACAGAGCUCACGAGCUUGGAAUGAAACUGGCCCAUGGCUUUGAAAUCCUUUGCUCUAAGAGUGGACAGUCUUCAUCAGAGAAAGAGGCUCCAGUCAGCAGUAACCCACUAUGGAGAGGCUUUGUAGAUAGUCUCAAAAAGAACGGCUACUUUAAGAGUGAACUAGAAGGAUCCAUUCGAUACAAAGACCUAAUGACAUCAGCAGAGAGUUUCUUCAGACAGUCUAUAACCAGCACUCACCGCCCUGACAUUCAGAAUCCUGGUCAAGAGGUGCUAAAAGUCUUGGAGGAAGCCUCUUACAGUUUGGAAGAGCUAAAAAAUCAAGAGGCACAUCUACCAGCAGAGGACAGUGAUUCGUGGUUAGACAUCUCACCUCAGGAGCUGGAGAGGCUUCUUGAGGAGAGGGGAGGUCGAGCGGUGAGCAAUGCCUCUCACAAGACGGCACAACCUGAGGAGGAAGCUGGCUACAGUCUCAUAGCUGUAACAAAAGGCAUGAAGAGCUUCAUCAAUGCCAUGUCCUCUCAUGAAGGAGCUGAAAUACCCAGAUCUUUUCUAGCUGAGCCCUUCAGUUUUGAUCCAGAUGCAGUAACCAGCGCACUUGAUAGACUGCUGGGAAGUAAGGAUGAUGAGUUAGACUCUGAUGAUUUUGAGGAUGAUGAUGAUGAUGAUGAUGAUGAAGUGCAGAACGUCGAGUCUCAGGAGCAGGCAGGUGCCGAGGCGCUGGACAAUCUGAGGAAAUACAUGGAUGAAAUGGACCAGGAACUGCAAAGCACAAAUAUUGGCAAAAGCUUUACACAGAACAACAGAGCCAGUAAUCAAGCAGCUGCAUCUAAAAGCUCAUCAGCCGCCUCAAUGUCAGAUCUUGUUGAGGAAGAAAUCCAGCCGCUUGAUGUGGACCUCAACCUGGUUUCAAAUUUACUGGAGUCUCUCUCUUCUCAGGCUGGCCUUGCUGGGCCUGCUUCUAACCUACUGCAGAGUCUGGGCAUCCACAUCCCACCUGACACAGAUCAGUCCUGAUAAGUCAAAGUAAGGUUGAAAAACCAACUCGCAGAGACUUAUCACGCACUUAUCGCUCACUCAGUGUUCCUUCACCUAGUACACAUCAGCUGUUCCUCUAUCAGGUGGCUAUAUUUAUGGUCUUCUGCCCCACACCCAUUACUGAACUGUGAAUUAUUACAUCCUAACGUUGGCAUUUCCUUCAACAGAGCACUUCCCUUAAAAAAAAAACUUAGAGAGAAUGUAUCCUCUUAGAUGUUGCUCUCCUUUAAAUGUUACAGUACUAUAUCUUUUUGAAUAAAGAUAAUAUUUUCUGAGAUGUUCCAUUAAUCCCGACUACAUAAUUUGAGAUUCGUCAAACCAAUAAGUAUGCACUACAACAGAAAAUAUUCACAGCUGUCUAUCAUAGAAAAGGAAUGGCGAUAUUUCGCUGUGCUUAUCUGCGCUGACAUUGCUGAUAAACUAAACAAAUUGCAUGCUCGUGUAACAUUAACCAAGUCUUUACAGAUAAAUCAAUCAUGCCUGAUUAGAAGCAAAGCCUCAGUGCUCUGAUGCUGAACCUUUUUA